UUUCUUUCGACGCUCCCCUAGCAUCAACUCACCUAAUGGAGGACAUUGAAGAUUUGUUGGCCGGAGGCGGCGGCGGAGUGCCGCCGGGAUUUAGGCUUCCGGUGACGGCGGCUGUGGGAGUUAAGCCGAGGUCUAAAUCCAGGAGCACCGUUUUUCAGGAUUCAUUGAAGAGCCCCACUUCUGCCAAAAUCCCUGGCACGCAGACAAUCUACUUGAAAACUUUUGGAUGUUCGCAUAAUCAGAGUGAUAGUGAAUAUAUGGCGGGUCAGCUUUCGGCGUUUGGGUAUAAUUUGAGUGACAAUCAAGAUGAAGCAGACCUAUGGCUUAUAAACACUUGUACGGUGAAAGCACCUAGUCAGUCUGCCAUGGAAACACUCAUAACUAAAUGCAGAGAUGCACAAAAGCCCCUUGUAGUUGCUGGUUGUGUGCCUCAAGGUAGCCGAGACUUAAAAGAGCUUGAAGGAGUAAGUAUAGUUGGAGUUCAACAAAUUGAUCGAGUGGUGGAGGUCGUUGAAGAGACUCUGAAAGGUUACGAAGUUCGACUAUUGACUCGCAAGACAUUGCCGGCCCUUGACCUACCAAAGGUGAGAAAAAACAAGUUUGUUGAGAUCCUCCCUAUUAAUGUUGGUUGUUUAGGUGCUUGCACUUAUUGCAAGACCAAACAUGCUCGAGGUCAUCUUGGAAGCUACACAGUUGACAGCCUUGCAGGACGUGUUAGAGCUGUUGUAGCUGAUGGAGUAAAAGAGAUCUGGUUGAGUAGCGAAGACACUGGAGCAUAUGGUCGUGAUAUUGGAGUCAAUCUUCCAAUUUUGCUCAAUGCUUUAGUGGCAGAGCUUCCGUCAGAUGGAAGCACAAUGCUCCGCAUUGGAAUGACUAAUCCUCCUUAUAUUUUAGAGCAUUUGAAAGAAAUAGCUGAGGUUUUGCGCCACCCAUGUGUGUAUUCUUUUCUUCAUGUACCAGUUCAGUCUGGUAGCGAUGCCAUUUUAUCUACAAUGAACCGUGAGUAUACUGUCGGCGAGUUCAGGAAAGUGGUUGAUACAUUGAUUGAACUGGUCCCUGGAAUGCAGAUAGCAACUGAUAUUAUAUGUGGAUUUCCUGGUGAAACCGAUGAGGAUUUUGAGGAGACAGUUAACCUCAUCAAGGAGUACAAGUUACCUCAAGUUCACAUAUCACAAUUCUAUCCUCGACCUGGAACACCUGCUGCAAGGAUGAAAAAGGUCCCCAGUAACAUAGUGAAGAGACGAAGUCGAGAAUUGACAACAGUAUUCGAGUCAUUUACACCAUAUGUAGGAAUGGAAGGCAAAAUAGAGAGGAUAUGGAUUACCGACAUUGCAACAGAUGGAAGUCACUUGGUGGGUCAUACGAAGGGGUAUAUUCAGGUACUGGUGGCUGGGUCUGCAAGCAUGUUGGGAACUUCUGCAAUGGUGAAGAUAACAUCUGUAGGUAGAUGGUCCGUUUUUGGAGAGGUUCUUGAGAUCCUUACUACAAAUGUAACUACACGUGUGAGUCAGAAUAAGGAAAUCCUAACGUGCUCCAACUUGAACGAGACAUGUUGUUCAAAGGAAUCAGAAACAUGUGCUUGUGGACUAACAAGUAGCUGCAAACAUACUGAUGAUGUCAAAACCAUUCCAUUCACACCAAACGGGAAAGAGCCAGACGAGGCGAGAAGUCAAGACCUUGUUGGAUGGUUACUAAGGAAGCGGAAGAAUAAUUCUCCGCUAAAUAAUGAGACUGAGGCAUUGGAAUCUGAUGAAAAGCCAAGAUCGAAAGAUGGAGUGCAUGAGUGGGUUAUCGUUGAUAAAGCUCUUCUUUGUGGGAUUCUCUUGAGUUUUUUCACUAUAGUUUCUGUAAUGUUGUAUCUAGGAUAUAGAGAUGUGAGUCAUCAAUUCUAGACACUCAGUCGUUGUAAUUGUUUUCUUAUUGGGAUAUUUGACAGAUUGAACACAAAUUUUCCUAUUGAUGUGCUGGUUUGAGUA